AUCUAGGGUACGUGAGCCAGUCAUUUCCUGCAAGACCCAACACAGAUUUGAAUGUGAGGGGUAACUUUUUUCACAGCUUGUUCUGCUGUUUGUAUGCAUAUUUCUAUAUAGAUUUGGGUCCCCCCACACAACCCCUCUUCCCUUCUCUCCUCCAUCGCAGAAAAAGGUGUUGCCAGUCUUUGACAGAAAUCUGUGUAAUCGGGAACCAAAACCCCAAACAAGGAAGAGAGAGAAAUACAAUUACAAAGUCUUUUCUUUUCUUUUCUUUUUCCAUUCAUUUUUCCUAAGCAGAAAACCACAAAUUUUCUGCCCCCUCUCACGUGCACCACAAUAUCCUUUUCUUCUAUAUUAAUAUUACCCUUCUAAUUAAACUUUUUUUUUUUAACUUUUUUUUUUCAAAUUAUAGAAAAAUUGUUUACUGGGUUUUGCUAUAAAUUGGUCAUGGAUUAUGAUACAGAGCUGGUUUAAUCAGAAAACAGAGUUAAAAAAACAAAAAAAAAAAUCAUUUUUAGUUUUUUCAACUGGGAAUGCCAAACUGAAAAUAGUAAUGGCUUUAGAAGCUCUAUCUUCAAAUGAGCUUCUCAACUUCAUUAUCUAUGAUACACUAUCUGCUGGUGCUGCUCCAUAUAGCUCUCAAUUAGAUUAUCAUUCUUCAGAAACCAGUACUUUCCUUUUAGAGAAUGGUUUGAAACCUCAAGAACAACAAGGUGGUGAUGCAGCAUUAACAAUGGAGAAUCAUACGACAUUGCCAAGCAGUAAACGACAAUCUUAUGCAGCUGCAUCAUCAGAAUUCAGUAACCAGCUGAUGAUGAAACAGAAUUUGGGUGCACAGGGUAGAAAGAAAAGGAAGAGAAAACCAAGGGUUUGCAAGAACAGAGAAGAAGCUGAGACACAGAGGAUGACUCACAUUGCUGUUGAAAGAAACAGAAGAAAACAGAUGAAUGAGCAUCUUGCUGUCUUGCGUUCUCUUAUGCCCGAAUCUUAUGUCCAAAGGGGUGACCAAGCCUCAAUAGUAGGUGGUGCUAUAGAAUUUGUAAAAGAACUUGAACAUCUUUUGCAAUCUCUUGAAGCUCAGAAGCUCCAACUUAUACAACAAGGAAUUGGAGGACAAGAAGAAAACAGUAAUAGUAGUACCACUACAGCCAACACAAAAUUCCUAACACCCCCUUUUGCACAAUUUUUUUUGUAUCCCCAAUAUACCUGGUCUCAAAACUCCAAGAAAUAUACAUCAAAGACCAAAGCAGCCAUAGCUGAUAUUGAGGUAACCUUAAUAGAAACACAUGCAAGCCUUCGAAUUCUAUCGCGACGAAGCCCUAAACAGCUCUUCAAGUUGGUUGCUGGUUUUCAAACACUUAAUCUCUCCAUCCUCCACCUCAAUGUUAUUACCAUGAAUGCAUUAGUUCUCUACUCUGUCAGUGUUAAGCUUGAAGAGGGUUGCUUACUCACUUCAGUAGACGACAUAGCAGCUGCUGUUCACCACAUGCUAAGAAUAAUUGAGGAGGAAGCUGCUUUGUACUGAUAAAAAUCUUAUCUGCUUUACCUAGAUGCUCUUAGAGUUGAGGUGGAAUCACCAGAAUGCCACCCAAUUUUUGUUUUCUGCAGUAAAGUUGUUUUAUGUAUCAAUGCAUGAACUUAACUCCACUAAGAGGCUUCCUUCUGUUUUCCUUUAUAACAACUUUUUAUUGUCACUUUUACACCAAAUAUGACCAGAAAAUUGAGGCCGUAGAUCUUUAUGGGCUUUCUGAGGCCCAAGCCA